AUGGACGUCGAAGUCAGAAAAUCGUCCAUCACCGGCGCCGGCCGCGGACUAUUCGCCAAGAAGGACUUUGCGCCUGGCGAUCUCGUCCUCUCUCUCAAUCGGCCGUAUGUUGCCGAAUUGGACAUUGAUCGCCUUGCAGACACUUGUGCCUGGUGCUUUCAACGCGCUGCCACAACAGCCGAAGAGCGCUCUUUGUCUCAGAAUCUUGGCCUCCCUGCCGGUUUCAUUGAGACCAAGGCUUGUACAGGCUGUAAAAGAGUAAGAUAUUGCUCCAAGACUUGCCAGUCCAAAGCGUGGAAGCGUGAGCACAAGUAUGAAUGCAAGGUCCUCGCGCCUGACAACCGACCCGAUCUUCCUCAUGGAGUUCGAGCUGUCAUUAAGCUGCUUGGAAGACUCAAGGCCGAUCCGGAAAACAAAGAUGAGAACCUCAUCGACAUUUUACAAUUCCAACCAGCGGGAACCGGCGGGAGUGCCAUGGACGAGUUCAAAAAGCAGGACGCUCAACGGUUUGAAGACUUUGGCAUGCUGUCAUAUGGAGCAUGGAAAUACGCGGGCGAGCCUGAAAUUGCAGACAUGGACUCCCAAGUCAUUGCCCGUGGCUAUUUCUUCAAUGUCAUGAGCAACACCCUCCAGCUCAGUAGUCCUCUCGACGAUACCAAGCUGGGAAUCGGCUUUGAUCCUAUCCUGUGCUCGGCGAACCAUUCCUGCGAUCCCAACGUCGCCACCAUGUUCAAUCAGCCACAGCAACUCCUUCGUGCGUUGAAGCCCAUCAAGAAAGGCGAGGAAAUCACCAUGAAAUACGUCGACAUCACCAAUCCCUUCUCCAUCCGACAGUCGGAGCUCCGUGAGGCCUACUUCUUUGGCUGCAAAUGCAUCAAAUGUAAAAAGGGCGCCGUAUGGCCCGAGGACAAAUUUCUCAAAGCCGCAGAAGAUCUCCCGCCCGCUUUUGUCGAUAUCGCAGAGCAGCUCAUCAAGCGACAUCAAAAACAGCUCCACAAAUUCUUCAUCCCGGCGAAUGACCCCAAAGCUCAACGUCGUAUGGCAGCACUACAAGCAGAGGCCUUUUCCGUCAGCGGCCUCACCUUCGACAUCAACAAAGGUAAUGAAAAGGCUUCCGAGGAUGAAAUUAAGGAUGCUCUCAAACUCACGCUCAAUUCCGGAAUGUGGGACUAUACACGCCAGCCCGUGCCACAUUUACUGCGGCAGUUGUUGAUCUUGUACAUUUCAGCGGGUAGGACGUAUCAAGCUUGGAGGAUCGCUCUCAAGACUAGGUUUGAGGUCUCUCCCACGCUGUACCCGCAGAGCUUCUACCCCGAUCGAGUGGUCGACUGCUGGCUCUUGACCACCCUCACGAAUCAGCUGUGCAAUCCGCACAGUGGGAAUCAGGAAGUGUUCGAGCAGAGCAUGAAAGCUGGUCUAGAUCUGCGAAUCGUGUACUUUGGAUUCUUGAUCGAGACAAGGGAAGGUAUUGACAAGAGUUAUGGAAAGGAGAGUCCAUUCGGCCGGGUGGUCGAGAGCAUGUACACGAAAACUGUCGCAAAUACAGACAUCAGUAUUGAGGAGAUCAAGGAGAAGAUCAAAGAGACGUGGCCGAAACUGGAAGCGGUGGCGAAGAGUGUGGAUGUGGUGAAUCUCUGA